AGUGCGAGGGUACUGUGUGCAUUCAAGUGCAAGCAUUGUGAAGGACAAGCAGCUGAACAAUUGCAGCAGUGCCAUCACUGUAAUGAAUUGCAGCAGCAACGAUGACCCAGUCGUUGUCUUCGUCGUUUUGCCCGCGACCACAGCUGCCGUUCUGCUUUCCAACGGAGUGGCCCACACCUUGUCACGGCUACUGACUGGCUGGUGAGGCUGGGGAGGCGGAGAGAGGGAAGAAGAAGAGAGUGUGGGUCCAGAUGGUGGCUAUGUCACUUGACUGGUAGAGGGGAGUGAUAGUAUUUCUUGGCUCGUCGCCAGCCCACGUCGUCGGCCAGCGCCCCAUCACAGUCUGAAAGAGGAAGGAUCAAGCGGCCAGGCCUACCAGCUUAGUCUUCCGACUUUUUACUCAUCUUAAGAAAUUUUAAGGACUAAUGCUUUCCUUGCAAGCCUCGAGCCCCCGUAGCUUGUUAAGUUGCUAAGAUGCCUGAGACAGUGGAGCUGAAGACGGUGGUCCUUCGGGUGAUGAUGCACUGCGAGGGAUGUGCGCAAACUGUGAAAAGAGCUUGCGCCAAGGUUCCUGGUGUUACGUCCUACAAGGUGGACUUCCAUGGACAGUUGGUGACAGUGACUGGAAAUGUCACCCCAGAGAGCGUGUACAGACGCAUCAAGAAAACGGGAAAACAAACUGAGCUCGUGCCACCGCCUCCGCCACCCCCUGCCAAAAAGGAGGAGCCCAAGAAAGAGGAUAAAAAAGAAGCAAAGAAGGAAGAGAAGAAGGAGGAGAAGAAAGAAGAGAAGGAGGAGAAGAAAGAAGAGAAGGAGGAGAAGAAAGAAGAAAAGAAGGAAGAGAAGAAAGAGGAAAAGCUGGGAGAGGACAAGCCUACUGAUGGAGGAGGAGGCGGAGGCAAGAAGAAGAAGAAAAGUGGAGGGGGUGGUGGAGAGAAAAAGGAUGAUGAAAAGAAGGAAGAAUCGAAGGAGGAGGAGCCUAAGAAGGAACAGGAGAAAAAUCCACCACCUAAGCCCAGGGAUCCCCCGCAACCCCCAGCUCCUAAAAAGCCUGAAGAACUCUACCCCGUCACCUUUGUGCUCGGCCAAGACUACACCAGAUACUACUACUAUUGACCAAGCAGGCAACCAAUCGACCUUGAACAACUUGUAUACUCAACCUCUUUGCCACCAUUCCUGGAAGCCGAAGGUGAAGGAUCCCGUCCGAUCACUGCCCAAACUUGAUCAUAGCAAUCAACCUGUAGGAAUAUUUUUGUGUCGGCCUGAGUGCUCUGGAAUCUGUGAACAUUGGUAACGCUCAGACAUAGUAAGUAGGCAGCAGAUGUUAGCGGUGGGGUUGGAGGUGUGCAGGACCAAGAGGAUGGAGUUUUUGUUCUUUAAGGUUUAAAUCACCAGCUUCAUGAGAGACUCCGCACGGAAUGGUGGCUGUACUCAUCCAGAACAAUGAUAGAAACUUCAUUAUUCGUUUGGAAAUGAUGAGUAGGUGCGGUUUUCAUAUUUGGGUUCUGGCUGAUCAGUGACUUACACCUACACCGGAUGAGGAUAUCUGCCGAUUCAAGCUUUGUACAGGGAUCUGUUUAGUAUCAGGAUGCGCUAGGUUGCUGGAUAAAGUCUGCUUGCUGUGAUGGUACGGAUGAUAGAUAGCAUUUCCAUUUACAAUUGUGGAUGCUUCAAGCGUCAUGAACUUUCCCCUGUACAACUUGGUCCAUUACAAACGGGCAGCAAGAUAGUUACAGAAAACCCAACAUGA